AUGCCUCUCUUAUCACAGUGACAUCUGCAUACACCAGUGUAACCGAUCCAGUAUCCUCUAUCUCUGAGACGUCAGUAGCUUCAUCAUCACCAUCAGACUUCAGUGUGGCAACAUCCAGCUCAUCCUCCCCUAUCAUGAUUACAUCCGCAUCAAUAGGAGAUCAGAGCAUAGCGAUGACAAGCUUGAGCGAUGCAACCUCCACGAUAAUAGAUGCAUCCACAGUGUCAUCGUCACAGGGCUUAGAAACAUCUUCAACCUUAAUGACAAGUGAUGACAUUCUUCCAUCGUCAGUGGUUCUAGGUGGUAGUUCAGAUGGCGGAGUCACCACAAUGCUUCUGUCCCUCCCUCCCCUGUUUACGACCAGCAUAGCGGUGAGCAGUAGUGUGUCGGGACAUACUCCAUCCUUCUCGACAGGGCUCACCAGUAGUAUGUCCACUGUUGCAACGCUUCCCAGUAGUGUAACCAUAGAGGCCUCGUCUAUCUCAAUCUCUCCCACAAAAACGACAGAAGCCUCAAUCUCUGCCUCGACAACGUCGGACGCCUCAAACACUGCCUUGACAACAACAGAAGACACAAUCACUGCAUCAACAAUGACAAAAGUCUCAAUGCCUGCUUCGACGACAGACGCCUCAAACACUGCCUCGACAACAACAGGAAACACAAUCUCUGGGUCGACAACAAUGACGGACGCCUCAAUCUCUCCCUCAACAACAACAGAAGCCUCAAGCUCUGCCUCGACAACAACAGAACCCUCAACCUCAAUCUCAACGACAGAUGCCUCAAUAUCUCAUUCGACAACAGCAGAAGACACAAUCUCUGCCUCAACAUUGACUGAAGACCCAAUCUCUGCUUCGACAAUGACAGAAGGCACAAUGUCUGUCUCGACAACGACGGACGCUCCAAACACUGCCUCGACAAAAACAAUCUCUCCCUCAACAAUGACAGAAGACUCAAUCGUUCCCUCGACAACGACGGACGCCUUAAUCACUGCCUCGACAACGACGGACGCCUCAAUCUCUGCCUCGACAACGACAGAAGACUCAAUCUCGGAGUUGACAACAACAACGGACGCCUCAAUAUCUCAUUCGACAACAACAGAAGAUUCAAUCCCUUCUUCGACAAUGUCAGAAGGCACAAUCUCUGUCUCAACAAUGAUAGCCUCCUCAAUAUCUCCCGCUAAAACCACAGAAGUGUCAGUGACUGUCUCGACAACGACGGAAUCCUCUAUCGCUCUUUCGACUACGACAGAAGCCUCAAUCACCACAGAAGAAUCCACCACUGAAACAACAUCUGAAGAAUCCACCACUACAACAUCAUCAGAAGAAUCCACCAAUGCAACAACAUCUGAAGAAUCCACCACUGCAACAACAACUGAAGAAUCCACCACUGCAGCAACAUCAGAACAAUCUACAACUGCAGCAAUAUCUGAAGACACCUCAACUGCAACAACAUCUGAAGAAUCCACCAGUGCAACAACAUCUGAAGAAACUACCAGUGCAACAACAUCUGAAGAAUCCACCAGUGUUAUGACGCCAUCAGAAGAAACCACAACUGCAACAUCUGAAGAAUCUAUCACAGCAACAACAUCAGAAGAAUCCACCACUGCAACAACAUCAGAAGAAUCCACCACUACUACGACGCCAUCAGAAGAAUCCACCACUGCAACAACAUCUGAAGAAUCCACCACUACUACGACGCCAUCAGAAGAAUCCACCAGUGCAACAACAUCUGAAGAAUCCACCAUUACUACGACACCAUCAGAAGAAUCCACCACUGCAACAACAUCUGAAGAAUCCACCACCACUACGACGCCAUCAGAAGAAUCCACAACUGCAACAACAUCUGAAGAAUCUACCACUGCAACAACAUCAGAAGAAUCCACGACUGCAACAACAUCUGAAGAAUCCACGACUGCAACAACAUCUGAAGAAUCUACCACUGCAACAACAUCAGAAGAAUCCACCAGUGCAACAACAUCGGAAGAAUCCACCACUGCAACAACAUCGGAAGAAUCCACCACUGCAACAACAGUAAAAGAAUCGACCACUGCAACAUCUGAAGAAUCCACCACUACUACGACGUCAUCAUCAGAAGAAUCCACCAGUGCAACAACAUCAGAAGAAUCCACCAUUACUACGACACCAUCAGAAGAAUCCACCACUGCAAUAACAUCUGAAGAAUCCACCACCACUACGACGCCAUCAGAAGAAUCAACCACUGCAACAACAUCAGAAGAAUCCACAACUGCAACAACAUCUGAAGAAUCUACCACUGCAACAACAUCAGAAGAAUCCACAACUGCAACAACAUCUGAAGAAUCUACCACUGCAACAACAUCUGAAGAAUCCAGCACUGCAACAACAUCUGAAGAAUCCACCACUGCAACAACAUCUGAAGAAUCCACCACUGCAACAACAUCUGAAGAAUCUACCACUGCAACAACAUCAGAAGAAUCCACCAGUGCAACAACAUCGGAAGAAUCCACCACUGCAACAACAUCGGAAGAAUCCACCACUGCAACAACAGUAAAAGAAUCGACCACUGCAACAUCUGAAGAAUCCACCACUACUACGACGUCAUCAUCAGAAGAAUCCACCAGUGCAACAACAUCAGAAGAAUCCACCAUUACUACGACACCAUCAGAAGAAUCCACCACUGCAAUAACAUCUGAAGAAUCCACCACCACUACGACGCCAUCAGAAGAAUCAACCACUGCAGCAACAUCAGAAGAAUCCACAACUGCAACAACAUCUGAAGAAUCUACCACUGCAACAACAUCAGAACAAUCCACAACUGCAACAUCCACCACUGCAACAACAUCUGAAGAAUCUACCACUGCAACAACAUCAGAAGAAUCCACCAGUGCAACAACAUCUGAAGAAUCCACCACUGCGACAACCCCAGAAGAAUCCACCACUGCAACAACAGUAAAAGAAUCGACCACUGCAACAUCUGAAGAAUCCACCAGUACUACGACGUCAUCAUCAGAGGAAUCCACCACUGAAACAACAUCUGAAGAAUCCACCACUGGAACAACAUCUGAAGAAUCCACCAGUGCAACAACAUCUGAAGAAUCCACCACCACUACUUCGACGUCAUCAUCAGAAGAAUCCACCACUGAAACAACAUCUGCAGAAGCCACCAGUGCAACAACAUCUGAAGAAUCCACCACCACUACUACGACAUCAUCAUCAGAAGAAUCCACCACUGAAACGUCAUCAGAAGAAACCCCAACUGGAACAACAUCUGAAAAAUCCACCACUGGAACAACAUCUGAAGAAUCGACCACUACUACGACGUCAUCAUCAGAAGAAUCCACAACUGCAACAUCAUCAGAAGAAGCCACCAGUGCAACAACAUUAGAAGAAUCCACAACUGCAACAUCAUCAGAAGAAGCCACCAGUACAACAUCAUCAGAAGAAUCCACCACUGAAACAUCAGAAGAAUCCACAACUGCAACAUCAUCAGAAGAAGCCACCACUGCAGCAACAUCAGAACAAUCUACAACUGCAACAACAUCUGAAGACACGUCAACUGCAACAACAUCUGAAGAAUCCACAACUGCAACAACAUCUGAAGAAUUCACCAGUGCAACAUCAUCAGAAGAAUCCACAACUGCAACAUCAUCAGAAGAAUCCACCAGUGCAACAUCAUCAGAAGAAUCCACAACUGCAACAACAUCUGAAGAAUCCACCACUGGAACAACAUCUGAAGAAUCCACCACUACAACAUCUGAAGAAUCCACAACUGCAACAACAUCUGAAGAAUCCACAACUGCAACAACAUCUGAAGAAUCCACCACUGGAACAACAUCAGAAGAAUCCACCACUGCAUCAUCUGAAGAAUCCACCACUGCAACAACAUCAGAAGAAUCCACCACAGCAACAACAUCAGAAGAAUCCACCACUGCAACAACAUCAGCAGAAUCCACCACUGCAACAUCAGAAGAAACUACCACUGCAACAUCUGAACAAUCCACUACAACUACAAUGUCAUCAGAAGAAACCUCCUCAACUACGAUUGCAGAAACAACAACACCAGUGUGCGAUUCGUCGUCUCCACAUUAUCAGUGCUACUCCAAAUACAGCUAUAUAAAUGACACAUGGUGUCAAGACAAUUGCUUGCUGGGUUACUGCCCAAACCAUAUAUGCUAUUGCUCAUGUCAGGAAGGACAGGACGCUGGUGUUCGACCAGCACCUCCACGGGAAAGAAGAUGCGUACCCUUGUCAAGACCAGACUUUGCCUUGUGGUGCUCUUCCUAUUACAACAUCGCACAUGAAUGUCCCACGGCCUUCUGCAGGUUAACUCUCACAUAGGCCAUCCAUGUCAGUGUUUCCAAAUCUGUAUAAAUAUGUUUAUGCUCCGGUGCAAAUUGAUCUACUAUAUUUUGUUUAUAUGUUUACAUGUUAUAUGUUUGAUUACAUUUAUCAAAGAUUGUAUAUAUGCAAUGUAGCAUUUGCAAAUGCGAUUUUAACGUUUAGCUUCACUUACUUAAGGGAAUUGAGACCUCCUGUGUCAAAUAAAAACGUGACAAGUCACGUUCAUCAGUGAGGCGGUGAGGUAGCCCAGUGGUUAAAGCAUUCGUUCGUCACGCCGUACUCGGGUUCUAUUUCUGGUGUACCCAGCCGUGAUAUGGUGGAAUUUUGCUAAAAGCGGGGUAAAACCUCACUCACUCGCUCAUCAUUGGUCAUUUCCAUAAUUGGUUUAAUAUGGAACACACUAGAUAUGCCAUCAAUUUUUGUGCUGUUUUCGUUUGGAUGUUUAGCCAGUUCCCCUUCCAUUGAUUACGUAACUGAGCUAGAAUUUGAGUGAGUGAGUGAAUUUAGUUUAACGCCGCUUUUAGCAAUAUUCCAGCAACCUCACGGCGGGGGACACAAGAAAGGGGCUUCCCGGGUCUUCAGCGUGACGAGUGAACGCUUCCACCACGAAGCUUCCCCACCUCCCCUAAACUUUAAGAAAGCCUCAUCUGUUUCCUAUUGUAAUCAUGUGGAAUACGCGUGCCAUGGACUUGUGUCAUCACUAUUUGAUAAACAUUUCUGCU